CACUGACUCAGAACAGGAGGAUGAAUCACUGUGGAAGGAAAACCCACCUGCCCCUGUGCACUGAGGAAGACUGGGUUUCGAGCUGCCCGUCUGGCUGCAGGAUCCAGGGUUUGAUUCUGGAGCACGAGAAGAAAGUGGAGAAUAAACUGAGGAAAAUUUGUAAACUGAAAAAAACUUAUAAGGAUGCAAUGCAGAAGACAAUGGCUGCAACAGCACGGAUUUACCACGACAACCGGGAACACAUAAUGAGCGAGGCUGCUCUGCAGGUGAGGUUUGUAAAGGCCGCCGAGGAUUUGACUAAAAACUUGACGUCUCUAUGGAAACGGUCGGAAAGUCUGGAGCUGAAGAUAACAGAACUCAAAGAAAAAGUCCAAAAACAAGUGGAAGAGCUGCUGCGAACUGAGGUGGAGGUGGACAUGAGGGUGCGCUCCUGUCUCGGCUCCUGUCAGUCCGCUUCAUCGCUGUCAGUGAACCUGGAAGACUACGCAGCACUCGGAUCUGAAAUGGAGAAAAUGCACAACAAAGAAAAGAAAUCUAAAAGUGUGAAACCAGAAAUGAUUCCACAAAUUCGCACGGCUCCAGUCGACUUUGGACCAGACCCGAGUCCUGUUUAUAAAACCAUCAAGACUGUUCUGGACGAGGGGCUCAACCUGUUUGAAGAUCUGCGACCAAACCAACUUGAGCUUGACGAUAUUUACGAUUUGUCAGAACUUGAAUAAUUUUUUUGUUUUUGUUUUUUUGUUUCCUCAAUAUUAAUAACUAUCAACACUGAAAUUUGAAUGAAAGGAUUUACCAAAUGGCCCAGAAUACACACUUCUCCAAUACUUUGUGAAGAUGUGAGUCUCGUCACUGAUGAAACUCCUCAAGUUCAGAUGGAUAUGAUUGACAGGUGGAUUAGCCAAUCAGGGACACACAUGGCCCUUCCAUAUCGAAACAAAUACGGCAGCUUACAAGGGAUAAAGAAAGAACAAUAACACAAAGGACUGAAAAACAAAAAAAAAUUCUGCAGAGCUACCAAUCUCUGUUAAUCUGAGAGAGACAAAUACAAUACAAUACAAUGCAAGUUAGAUUUUGUUCAAAAUGUUGCGUCAGUUUGUUUGCCUUCUUUAAUUCUUUCAUGUUUGUUUAGACUGUCUGUGUGUCUUCUGUGUAGUCUUUAAACAUGUGUGAUUGAAGUUAUACUGAAAAAUAGGGGCUCUAAUUUCCAAUAUUUAAUAUCAAAAUACAUUUUAAUUUGAAUUGUUGCUUUAAAGAAUGUUAAAUGCAGUCUAUAAGUUUACCACCUGUUUUUCUCCAUGGGGAUGUUAUUUAUUUUCCUGCUUAGUUUAAUACCAUACAAUAACACUGUCUUGAAUGUGAAAUACCUCAACAUUUUAUGGUUGAAUUUUGGUGUUG